AUACGAGGAGCAGGAAGAGUGUGGAAGACUUAACGAGCGAGCGACUGCUAAGAUAACGCCUUAAUCAACUAUUUUAAAUCAUUAUUUUUAUGUCUUUGAUGAAAUAAGUGUUUUGUUUUGUUUUUUUGUUCGGGAAGGGACGUGUGUCACGGCCGCUGGAAUUUGUUACUCCCUCCCUCCUUCCAAGACAUCAACAGGAAGUAGCUAGACUGAAUUCCAAUGUCCUCUCCAGGCAUGACAUGUACUCUGGAAAAGGUUCUGGCAGACGCCAAGUCUUUGGUGGAAAGGCUUCGCAACCACGACAAUGCGGCUGAGAUGUUAAUUGAACAGACGACUUCUCUCAACAAGCGUGUGGAAGCAAUGAAACAGUAUCAGGAAGAGAUUGACACGCUGAACCAGGUCGCACGGCACCGGCCUCGAUCCAGUCUGGUUCUGGGAAUCCAGCAGGAGAACCGACAGAUCCGUGAACUCCAGCAGGAAAACAAAGAGCUGCGGACAUCUUUGGAGGAACACCAGUCGGCCCUGGAGCUCAUCAUGACCAAGUACAGGGAGCAGGUCUUCAGGCUGCUCAUGGCCAGCAAGAGAGACGACCCUGCCAUCUUGACUCAGUUGAAAGAACAGCACACAACGGAAAUGCAGGCCCACAUUGAUAAGAUCAACGAGAUGGCGACGGUGAUGAGGAAAGCCAUCGAAGUGGAUGAGGGAAGGCUCUGCGAGGAUGAGGAGAGGAUCAAACAGCUGGAGCUGGAGAACAGUGGGCUCCGGGAGUUGUUGGGAAUCAGCCGUGAAGCCUUCCUGGUGCUGAAGAGAGAGGACGCUUUAGAGAACACAUCGUUGUCGGCGCGACUAACGGGCACUGACACGAGCUUACGGAAGAGUUAAUAUGGUGCCGUGAAUCCCAGAGACAGUCCAUCAGCACAACCCCUUCUGCUACCUUCUAAUGCCCCCAUCAGAUACUGCCCACCCCUCGCUUCCUAAGCUGCGGUUAAACUCGUCAUUUCAAAGUAAUGCUGGGGCAGAACUGCUACAAAUUUAGUGGUUUGCGAAGACAUCUUUUGCUAGCCACCAUGGUGAUCGAGCCCAUUGGUCUUUUGUGGAAAUCAGUCUGACCUCUCUGCCAUUGAGAGCCAGUUAAAAAAUGGGGCCCUGGUGCUUAAAGUAGACGGUCCAGUUACAGCUUUGGACACGGAUCCAAGCAGGCUACAGAGCUGAAGCCUGCCACAUAGAAUUGAAAACAACAAUGAAGGCAGUGGCAAAUGGUAGAAGUACUCUUGUCAAGGAGGCUAUGUCAUACAGUGAUUGGCAUAACGCAGGCACAGUGCACAACGUCCAAAUGUUUGUAUCGGUGUAAGAUUCAUGACUCAUGUCUGCCAUUGUCGUUAUAAUUCCGUUGCGUCGCAUCUUGAUGUGGAAGCUGCUUUGGAUCAGUCUCUAGUGCUGUUAGGAUACGUAGGAUGGGUCAUGCCUUUUUGGAAUCGCCCUCAAUGAGAGGAAGAUCAGGCUAUCUCCUGAAAGAUCGACAUUAUUAUCUACCAAGAUUGGUCUGACUCGUGAGGCUAUGGCCACCCCAACCAAGGUUCAGUUUUCUAUUUGGCUACACUUGUUGAAGUGUCAUCGAGCAAGGUGAUCAGGUUGAAAUCCUCACUUGCUCCAUGGGAGCUCCACACAGAUUUCAAGGUUGUCUCAUGUCUGUGGAUGAAACUAAAAAGGUGGACCCAGCACCUCAACCAGAGGACAAAUAGAGAAUUUUCCAUUUCGGGAUAAAGGAAAGUUAUCAAAUCGGUCACCAGAUAAGGUCAGGAUGUGUUUAGUAAAAGGUCUGUCUACAUGGAAGUCUUCUUGUGCCAUCAAACCAAUUACGGAUAUGAUUUGUUUAAUAAUAUUUAGUCAUUGAUAUUAAAACACAAAAUCCAAUAAAUGUCCCCACCAGUGAUAAAAAAGUGGCUAUUUUGGGACCAAGCAUGGACACACGUUGAUGCGGUCUCAAAUAUUGUGGUCCUUGCUGUCUGAUCUCAAAACUUCAUUUGAAAUGUCAACUGUAACUGUGGCCAUGCACUCCGGGCGAUCCUGUCGAGCCUCAUUAAGAGACAGGAAGCUCCGUCCUGUCAGCCAAUUCAGAUACAAGUAGUGGAACAAACCAUCUUCACCAAAACCACUUAUUUUAUGUUGGUACUUUGUUGUGUUUUUCUCAUUAAUCACCCAGCAUGCAUGCCUGUGGUGCAGUGUCUAUGGGGGCUGAGAGUAUGAAUGAGUGAAAAAUAUGCUUGAAUUAUAAUAAAAGUGUCA